UUCGGCUAGACAUAGAUUCAUUUCGAGUUGGAAAUGAUAGAAACAAUAAGAAAUAUAACAAGAGACCGGAAUUCAUUCAGGAUAAAAAAAAAGCUUAUAAUAACUACAUUAAAAGAUUGGGAAUCAGUCCGAAUCUAGAGGUGUGGAAUUAAUCUAAAUCUUUUGUUGUACCUAUUAUGAGUCUAUUUUGUUACAAUUAGUUUUUGAUCUAAAUGAAUCACGAUUUUUCAUUAUAUUUUUUAUUGCGACUCUUACCGGACGUCCGAACCCAUGCCGCACGGUAUAGCGGCGGACACUGUGUUCACACGUACGGAGUACUAGUAUCUCCGUAUACGGUAUACCGCGACCCGGCACCGCCUUUCCUUUCCUUGGCAUGAUUCCCGCUCGGUCUGGGUCUCCUUCUUCCUCCCUCGUCCAUCUCUCUCUCGGCCUCGGCUCUGUCUCUUUUUAUUUAUUUUAUUAUCCGCCCCUCCCUAAUUUUUAUUCUCUCCCCCCUCCCCUCUCCCUCGCGCCGCCUCGCCGAUCGACCAGCCAGACUCAGGUACCCAGCCUUCACCGAUUUCUCUUCUGCUCCAAUUCCUUUCGAUCGCCUUCCUUCCGAUGGCUUGCUCUGAUUUCGAGUAGAUGGGACCUCCCAAGUUUUGCCUAAUCACUACUUGCUUACUAGUACCUGCUAGUAUAAACAUAAAUCUAUAGCGAGGGCGAAGAAAGCGGCUCUGCUUUUUUGGGACGGGAUUUUUGUUCUUAAUAAAUUUCCUUUUUAUUAUACCCCACACCCACACGCCACACACUUUCCUUGCUGAUAUGCUUGCUGACCGCUGUGCUCCAACUCAACAUGCUUUUCAAUUGUUUCCGUUUACUACUGCCCUACAAGUAAACCCUUUUGCGCACUACCUACAAGUAAUUGCAAACUCGCUUGUUACAUUGCUGGUAUGGUAUGGUCCCAAGUUUUCUACUACCACCGGCUGUGCCUGUGCCUGCUGCUGCUGCUGUCGGAAUUUUCCAAUGCUUUCGUCGUGUCAUGCAGUCAUGGAAGGACUAUGCAGUUGGUAGGUGAUACGCCAAACAAAUGCUCCUCCAUGUGAUUCCUGCUUCUUCUCUGCUAAUGUGUCAAACGUGCUUGAUACAGUUUCACUUGCCUGCCAGACCCUACAUCUGAGAUCACACACCUCAACACUUCUACCACCAACCUUGAUUAACCACUUUGCCUAGUUAGUUAGCUAGCAGCUUCUCUUCACUGUACCAUCCUAUCCUAGUGUCCAUUUAUGAGCAGCAAGGACACUUCAAAGCUGCUCCUCAAUUAACGUACUGCCCUCCCCGCCUGGGUUAUGAUAUUGCUCGCACAUCCUCCAUUGCUUAACAAAUGAAUCUCAUAUCCUUCUAUGUUUGAUGCAGGGGCGAAUUUCUCUUACACUUGAUUCUUAAUGUGUUGCUGCUUAUAUUUUAGCUUUUGUUACACUAGGGAGUUUAUUUCCUGAACAGUGCCUUCACACAGUACAUUGGAGUGUGAUGCAAUAGUCAUAUUUUCCAUCUUCACAGCUUCAGAUUCUAUCCACCGAUGUUUCCUUGAUCAUUCAAGUGCCCUUACAACUAAACUGUUCUAGUUUAGCUGUAUAUAGCUCAUCAAAGAGUAGCAACAAUGGCAUCGCUUCAAUUGUUGCAACUAACAGAACGCGGGCGCAACCUUUUGUCUUCAAGAAGGAAAACACUUGCAGUUGUUUCUGGAGCACUAAUUGCUGGUGGAACUUUAGCAUAUACCCAGUCAGGCCGAUGGAAAAGGCAACAGAAAGAAAAUUCUUGCACCAAUGGAAAUGCACAUACCAAAGACAAAAUUGGUCAUAAUGGUACUGAUGGUAAAUUGGUUAAACCAAGGAAAAAGAAAAGUGGACUCAAGUCCUUACAUUUUCUAGCUGCCAUCUUGCUUAAGAAGAUUGGCCCAAAUGGAUCAAAUUACCUUCUUGGCUUGAUUAUAACAGCAGUCUUGCGUACAGCUGUUGGCCACAGAUUAGCAAAAGUACAAGGGUAUUUGUUCAGAGCUGCUUUCCUUCGGCGUGUUCCAACCUUUACACGUCUGAUUAUUGAAAACCUUCUUCUAUGCUUUCUCCAAUCCACAAUAUACCAGACGUCAAAGUACUUGACAGGGUCCUUAGGCUUGCACUUCAAGAAAAUUUUGACAGAUCUUGUCCAUGCUGAUUAUUUUGAGAACAUGGUGUACUACAAGAUCUCACAUGUUGAUCAUAGGAUCUCAAACCCAGAGCAAAGAAUUGCAAGUGAUAUACCAAAGUUCUGCUCAGAACUAAGUGACCUUGUACAAGAUGAUAUGGCAGCAAUUGCAGAAGGGUUAAUAUAUAUCUGGCGUCUCUGCUCUUAUGCAAGUCCCAAAUAUGUAUUGUGGAUUCUGGCAUAUGUUAUAGGUGCUGGUGGUACAAUUAGAAAAUUUUCUCCUGCUUUUGGUAAGUUGAAGUCUACGGAACAACAGUUAGAGGGGGAAUAUCGCCAGGUCCAUUCACGAUUGAGAACCCAUGCUGAGAGUGUGGCAUUUUAUGGUGGUGAAAGCAGAGAAGCAUCGCAUAUUAUGCAGCGGUUCGGGGCACUUGUUAAGCACUUGAAUGUUGUUCUUCAUGAAAAUUGGUGGUUUAGCAUGAUUCAAGAUUUUCUUCUGAAGUAUCUUGGUGCCACCGUGGGAGUUAUCCUAAUUAUUGAGCCUUUCUUUGCGGGGAAUCUUAGACCUGAAUCGUCCACCUUAGGACGGGCAGAGAUGUUGAGCAAUCUCCGAUAUCACACAAGUGUGAUAAUAUCAUUAUUUCAGUCUCUUGGGACCCUUUCUAUCAGUUCAAGGCGCUUAAAUAUUCUCAGUGGCUAUGCUAAUCGUAUUCAUGAAUUACUGGAUGUCUCACGUGAGCUAUCUGGUGUUCGUGAUAGAUUGUUGAGUCAAAAUUCAUCUGCUGGAAAUUAUAUCAGCGAGGCAAAUUAUAUAGAAUUCUCAGGUGUUAAGGUGGUGACACCCUCUGGGAACGUCUUGGUUGAUGAUUUGACGCUCCGGUUGGAGUCAGGCUCUAAUCUAUUGAUCACUGGCCCCAAUGGUAGUGGAAAAAGCUCUCUAUUCCGUGUUCUUGGUGGUCUGUGGCCACUGGUAUCUGGUCAUAUUGUCAAACCUGGUGUUGGUUCUAAUCUCAACAAGGAAAUAUUCUAUGUGCCCCAGAGACCAUACACAGCUGUCGGAACACUUCGUGACCAGUUAAUCUAUCCACUAACAGCAGACCAGGAAACUGAACCACUCAGCUAUAGUGGCAUGGCGGAUCUUCUAAAGAAUGUUGAUCUAGAGUACUUGCUAGAACGCUAUCCCCUUGAUAAGGAAGUUAACUGGGGUGAUGAAUUGUCUCUUGGCGAGCAGCAAAGAUUAGGAAUGGCUAGACUGUUCUAUCACAAGCCCAAGUUUGCUAUCCUGGACGAAUGCACUAGUGCUGUGACAAUUGAUAUGGAAGAACGCUUCUGCAAACGGGUUCGAGCAAUGGGCACAUCAUGCAUAACAAUAUCUCACCGUCCAGCAUUAGUUGCAUUUCAUGAAAUUGUUUUGUCCUUGGAUGGUGAAGGAGAGUGGAAUGUUCAGGACAACAGAAAUGGUUCUUCCUUUUCUCCUGAAGUAGAGUUUGAUGUGUUGAAGUCAUCAGAAACUGAUCGCAAAUCUGAUGCACGUACUGUUCAAAGGGCUUUUGUCACAAACACAAAGGGCAAUGCAUCAUCAAAGAUCAAGAAACAGUCCUAUUCAACAGAGGUCAUAGCAUCUUCCCCUAGUAUGGAGAUAGAACAUACAGUACAAGCACCUAUCGUCACACAAUUGCAAUGCUCUCCAAGACCUUUGCCUGCCAGAGUUGCUGCAAUGUCUCAAAUACUGGUUCCAAAGCUGUUUGAUAAACAAGGAGGGCAGCUGCUUGCAGUGGCACUACUUGUAUUUUCCCGCACUUGGAUUUCAGACCGUAUAGCUUCACUGAAUGGAACAAGUGUCAAGUAUGUCUUGGAGCAGGACAAAGCUGCCUUCAUUCGUUUGACUGGAAUCAGUGUGCUGCAAAGUGCUGCAAAUUCUAUUGUAUCACCCUCACUAAGAAAUCUUACUUCAAGAAUUGCCCUUGGAUGGCGGAUUCGCAUGACCAACCAUCUACUUCAAUAUUAUUUGAAAAGAAAUGCUUUUUACAAGGUAUUCAACAUUUCUGGCAUGAAUGUGGAUGCAGACCAAAGAUUAACACAUGAUGUAGAGAAGUUGACCAAUGAUCUUGCUGGCUUGGUUACUGGAAUGGUGAAGCCACUAGUCGACAUUCUUUGGUUUACAUGGAGAAUGAAGCUUUUGUCUGGGCGAAGAGGAGUUGCUAUAUUGUAUGCUUACAUGUUCCUAGGUCUUGGUUUUCUAAGAGCUGUGUCCCCUGACUUCGGUGAUCUUGCAAACCAAGAACAAGAACUUGAAGGCACAUUCAGAUUCAUGCACUCAAGAUUGCGGACACAUGCUGAGUCAAUAGCUUUCUUUGGUGGUGGAUCAAGGGAAAAAGCUAUGAUUGAAGCUAAAUUCUCAACAUGGCUCAACCACUCGAAGGUUCUAUUGAGGAAAAAGUGGCUUUAUGGUAUUUUUGAUGAUUUUGUGACGAAACAAUUACCUCAUAAUGUGACGUGGGGACUGAGUUUGUUAUAUGCUUUGGAGCACAAGGGAGACCGAGCUUUGACUUCAACACAAGGAGAGCUGGCACAUGCCCUGCGGUUUUUGGCAUCUGUGGUGUCACAAAGCUUCAUAGCAUUUGGUGAUAUUCUUGAAUUACACAAGAAGUUCCUUGAACUUUCUGGUGGUAUUAAUAGGAUAUUUGAGCUUGAGGAGCUUCUUCAGGCAGCACAAAGCAAUCCCGCUGUGCCUUCUAAUGCUAUAAAUGUCGCCUCCGAAGAAAUCAUCUCCUUCCAUAACGUGGAUAUUGUCACGCCAUCACAGAAGCUAUUGGCUAGCCAAUUGUCUUGUGAUGUAUCCCAAGGAAAAAGCCUUCUUGUGACUGGUCCAAAUGGUAGUGGAAAGAGUUCUAUUUUUAGGGUGCUCCGAGGUUUGUGGCCCAUUGCUUCUGGUAGACUUAGCAAGCCAUCUGAAGGAAUUUUUAAUGUACCUCAGCGUCCAUAUACUUGUCUUGGAACCUUGAGGGAUCAGAUCAUAUACCCCCUCUCGCGCGAAGAGGCGGAGUUGAAGAUGCUUUCACACGAUAGAAGUGAGAAGCCUACAGCUUCCAAGAUGUUGGAUGAUCACUUGAAGAUGAUUCUAGAGAAUGUUCGUUUGGUGUAUCUUCUAGAAAGGGAAGGUUGGGAUGCUACUCCUAACUGGGAAGAUAUCCUAUCCUUGGGAGAACAGCAGAGGCUGGGGAUGGCUCGUUUAUUCUUUCACUGUCCUAAAUAUGGCAUCCUUGACGAGUGCACCAAUGCCACAAGUGUGGAUGUCGAGGAGCAUUUGUACAGGAUAGCAACCAACCUGGGCAUAACAGUCAUCACGUCCUCACAGAGGCCUGCUCUGAUUCCCUUCCAUUCGUUGGAACUGAAACUCAUCGAUGGAGAAGGGAAGUGGGAGCUAUGUGCCAUCCACCAAUAACCGGUGCCGUCAACUGACUUUCAUCUAUAGUUAGUUACCUGUCAAUUGUACAAAGAGCUGUUGUCGUCGUCACCCGCUGCUUCAUCGGUGGCAGUCUUUAGAAGCCAGGAAGGCAAUUGCAAGGAUGCACGCGCAAGAGUGUGUGACGGAGCCUUCCCUUGGGUUGGAGAUUUGUUCUUUUUUUGUUGUUCUAUUUCAGAAAUUUUGAGAUACGUAACGGAAGAAAAUAUACACACGUCAGUGCUAGGAGGGAAAGAUUUAGAUGUUGGGUUUUUGGAGGUGCAGGCUCCAAUGGGAUAGCAUAGUACAUAAGUCCUGAUCCUGAUUGUUGAUUUUGUUACGAGAAUAAGUUGGUGGUGUGGUGGCCAGCAGAAUAAUAGACUGGUGCCGUGUAGAAAUCAUUAUGAUUUUUUGUAUAAAAAACAAACUGGAUAGAGGCACGAAGUGUGCCUUGUAAAUGGCAACUGAUUUAUAGAAAAAAACAUUUUUUCGCUGCAA